ACACGAGUCCAUUCAACAAAUCAAAUUUUGCUGCAAACUGAUCUUUUGACUUCACAAAAUAGCGGCAAUGGCUGUAAUCUCCGAAAUCAUGGACGACGAUAACGGCGACAAGAAACCACCGCAAGAACCCCCCGGAGGAGAAACAAGAAUUAUAACAAGGACGUGGCCGAUGGUAUCUAACGUGAGGAUUGAUUUCGUGACGUACGCUGUGGUGAAACAGAGGAUUUACACGUUGAGUCCACGUGCGUGGUGUCACGCUUACGAUCCUAGAGAACGUACGCUAGAAACAUGGGCCGGUGGGCAUGAAUUGAGGGGUUUGUGGCAAGCAUCGUCUUGUGUGGUUGAUGGUAUGCUGUUUAACGUUGAUCCGGGGCGUUCUCUUGGGCAUUUGAUACUCGUGUUUGAUCUGAAGAAGCAACUUUGGAAACCUGUUAAGCUUAAAGGUGCUCAUGGUUUGCCUCCUUGUGUCUAUCAGUAUGGUUACGAGUCUAGAAUGGGUAGUGUUGGUGGGAAGCUUGUGAUUUUGGUCGGUAAUCAGACCCAGUGGUGGGAUUAUGAGGGUGAGAAAAGUAUAUGGUGCGUGGAGAUCGGUUUGAGAAGACGUCAAGGAGGUGAGAUUAGGGGGAAGGUUGAAUCGGUCGAUGUUGUGUUUAAAACCACCAAGUCAACGCCUAGUAUUGAGCUUUCUCGAACUGUUAUCGUUUGAUGAGUACAUGGUUACUUACAGGGGAAGGAUCUUAUAUUACAUGGAUUUGUUGAAGCAGAGUAACUUGCAGACAAAACAGUUGUAGUCUGCGAAACUUGUUGAGAUGCAUGCAUCGUUUGUUAGCUUUCUUGGACUUUUGUGAAGUUUGCACUGACAGUGUACUCCAGUUCUUUCUGUUUGCUUUUGGAUAUAUGUUAUGAUAUACAGUUAAAAAACAGCCUGAAUUUAAAAUUUCGGUUUAGAUAUGAAGCGAAACAAACUGGUUUAGUAAUAAACCGGUAGCUUUGACCCUAUCUAUAGUAACUAGAAGUCAUCCUCUUGGAUUUUUGGAUUGUGUGUAGGACAAGGGCCGCCCAUUACCAAGGUUUGGAGAAUGGGAUGUGAAAGAUGAACCUCCUGGAUUUAAUAAAAACGGCCAUGUUCUCGGGAAACCCACCAAAAAGUGGUUUUGCUGUAUAAAAUCCACUCGCGCAGAAUAAGUUGGUGAGGUCUUCGCCUUGCAAGGUCAUUUUAUCUAUAUCUAUAAGUCAUACUGCGUCAAGAAGACUGGAGCUUGUCUGAGAAGCCAUGACAGUCACUUGUGGAUAUCUGGUCGGGGUUGUUUCUGAGUGGUGUUUUGGUGAGUCUGGUCUAGUGGUCUGGUGCAAGGAUGAUGAAUGUAUUUAGAUAACAACGAUGUCGUUUCUUUGUAUUGGUGUGAUUGGUUGUCUGGUAUAUUGUAUUCUUCACUUGUUUGUGAGUCAUCUAUCACUUAAUAUUGCUUGCGAUUUCCAUUGA